UGGAUAAAUCUCUAUGAGCUUUGCACAAUGUGAUGGAGCAAGAGUUGCUCAUUCUUCCUUGCAAAAUUGCUCAAGCUACACCAGCUAAGUUGAGGAGUGGCAGUGGGCAGCAAUCUUGAGAUCUUGCCGGAAAUGUUCAAUCCGAUUACGGUCAGGAGUCUGACUGUGCCACUGAAGGACAUCAAUUUUCUCCAUUUGAAGUUACUCUGAUUGCUCUGGCAGUGUGCUUUGGGUGAUUGUCCUGCUGAAAGGUGAACUUAGUUCAUAUUUUAAGCUUUCUGGCAGAGGUUAGCAGGUUUUUUUAAUCCAGGAUCUCUCUGUAUUUAUCAGCAUUCAUCUUAACAUCAGUCCUGACUGGAUUUCCAGUCCCUACUGCUGAAAAGUAUCCCCAUAACAUGUUGCAACCUCCACCAUAUUUGACAGUAGGUCAGUGUUACUUGGCUGAUGCACUCACUGUAUUAGAUUUACGCCACUCAGUGUUGAGGCCAGAAAGUCUCACCCAGUUACAAGACCUUCUUCCACAUCUUUACAGGAUAUUCUAAAUGAUGCUUUGCAAAGUCUAUGGGCAAGGAUAUGCUUUUUUUUAAACCAGGGCUUCCUUGCCUCUCUUCCAUAAAUACUCUUUUUUUUGUGCAAGGCCUUAGAGAUAGUGGAGCCAUGAAAUUCAUCUCCUGAUGCAAUCACUGACUUCUACAGCUCUCUCAGAGUGACUGUUAGCAUCACUGUAGCCUCUCUUAGAAGUGCAUUCUUCUCCGGCGACUGAGUUUAGAGGGUGGCCUGACCUAGGCAGUGUGGCUGUGGUUUCAUAACUUAUUCAUAAUGGACUGCACUGAGCUCCAAGUCUUUUCAUCCUUUCUAAUGAGACAGUGAAUAUCUGGAGUCACCUUCUUGGAUUUUUCCUGUUCUUUGGUCUUGGAAUUUAUGAUAUGACCAUUGUACUUCCUGAAGCAAAUGCCUCCAGGGAUGAUUAUGUUAUAUAUUCUAUCUGUCUCUUCUGCUUUCAGGUUUGCAUGCUCUGUUCAGUGGGAUAUCACCUAUUUUGCUGUCAUCGCUCUGAGAAAGCAAAUCGGCGCUGGAUGGCCCUUGAUUAUGCUGGCAUUGCCAUAGGAAUUUUGGGCUGUUAUGUUCCUGCAGUGUUCUAUGCCUUUUACUGUAAUGAGUUUUGGCGACAGGUGUACUUAAUAAUGGUGCUGGCUAUGAUAUUGGCAGUAUUCUUUGCACAGAUACAUCCAUAUUAUGUCACUCAGCAGUGGUACAGCUUGCGUGCACUCACAUUCUGCUGUGUUUCUGCAUAUGGGCUGAUCCCAACUAUUCAUUGGAUUUGGCAGAAUGGAGGGAUGGGUGCACCCAUUGUUCAGGCAUUUGUUCCACGCAUAUUUGUGAUGUAUUUCAUCGGUGCAGUAGCUUUUUUCCUCUAUAUCACAAAAAUCCCAGAAAGAUACUUCCCAGGACAGGUCAACUACCUGGGUUCCAGUCAUCAGUGUUGGCAUGUCCUUGUUGUCCUGAUGUUUUAUUGGUGGCACCAAACUGGAGUGUAUAUUACACAAUAUAGACACAACCAACCCUGUUCUGAAUUAAUCAGUACAUAACAGUAGCGUCUUGUGAGAAAUUUCCUUAAGUGCCUAUUGAGUUUGUAACAGUACACUGAGCAGGGGAAGUCAGCAAUUUUUAAUUGUUGAUUUGAUAAGUGUUCACUACUUGUAUAGAUAUUUAAACAAAUUGAUAUUUGGCUUUUGCCUUGAGCAGUAAAACAUGAACUGUUUUUGCGGUAGCCUUUUAAGGUGUAUCCACGUAGAGAAUUUAGUUAGAGUAAUUCUUUGAAAUGUCAAUAACUGGAAAAUCAGUGGGCACAUUAAUGGCUAAGACGUAAUUUUUUUUAAAGAACUGGCAAGUUGCUGGUUACAGCCAUGUGGAUCUCAGAUUAUUUAGAUGUUGUUUUAAACCUGUGUUACACUGUAUUUUAUUAACCCUUGCUUGGGAGUCCAAGGGUGCUAAGAGGUUCAGUAAUUACCUUGUACAUUUGGUUAACAAGCAGCCAAAACUGAACUUCAUUAACACUUCAGUAUUCAUGCAGAUUUGAAGCCAGCAAUUAAGUGUAAUGUUUCUGAUCUAGUUAGUUGAGUUUGUAAGACAGAGAAAUUCCUAUUUCCACAUGUGAAAAAUGAGAAAGGGCAAACUUUUUUAAAUUAAAGCAUGCAUAACACUUACAGGAUAUAGUACUGUCCUAAGGAACAGAAAUGGGAAGAGAAUGGGCAAUUAUUUAAAAUUAACUGGUCUACAGUGCUAGGGGAAACAAUUAAAACCUUAAGUUACAGCAUUUUCAAAGAAUACUAUUAUAAUGGCUGGCACUAGCUUGAAGUGACUCAACUGUACCACAAUUACUUCAGUGUUCUUAAGUGAACAUCUAAAUGGGACUGCACUACAGCUAUAAAGAACGUCCAACACUUUGUGCAGUAUAAUUCAUGUGAGGUUAAGAAAAAAACGGGGUUACGACCCACCUUUCUACUGUUGUAGAAGUGAAGGGGUCAAGUAGAGAUCGUUGUAAACUAGGGCCGGCAGAUUAUUUGAGCAGACCAGGGAUAUAGCUGUCUGUCGUGUUUACCAAAAUACAAAUUUAGAUAACCAUGUAGUAAAAGUAUUACUACUGAUCACUUAAUUUGUACAUUGUUUUUAUGAAAGUAUUCAGAGCAUCAGAUUGAAUUAUAAAAUUCACUGAGGGUUAAGUGCAAUUUUUAUUUAAAAAAAAGUUCUUGCAUUGAAAAAAGUUUACCAAAACAACUACCACUCUUCAGGAUCAGUUUUUUUAAAAAUAAAUAACCGUCUAUCUUGUUUUCACUCUUACAUUUUUACUACUUGCCCUUAAAAGGACAAGCUGGUCUUGUGGUUUUUAUAUUUAUGGAUUGUAUUCAUGUUGGAAAAUGUAGCUUUUUUUGUUGCAGAAGAAGUGUUGGGUUCAUGUUAAUAUUUGAACUCUGCUUUUCCUGUAAUUCUGUGCUGGCCUUGUCAAAUAAAAUCUGUUUUCAACAAAG